AAAAAAAAAAAGUCAAAAAAAGGAAACCAAGUCUACCUUUCCGCCCACGCCUUCAAUCCCUCCUCUCACUCGAUCAGAGCUAUAUACAACAAGAAACCUUUGUAGCCACCUUCUAGUUACCGAUCAUUGUAGUGGUCAUAGUAGCACAACUGUAUCGAUUCUGCAACUUGUGAUGGGUUGCUUCUCGAGCAAGAACAGUCCCAAGGCAGAUCAGCACGCUGACACUAGAAAUGGUGUAUCUAGGUCAAGAUCAUAUUCUGCGCCUGCAGCUUUACAGCUCAAACCUGGCAACUUAUCCUCAUUUCCUAAGGAGAAUCAGCGAUAUGGACAGAGGCCAUCUCUACCUGCCUUUGCCUCUCAGAAUUAUAAAGGACAUGAACAGAGGCAAUCUGCGACUUCAUCCUCAUUUCCUGAGAUUGUUUCAGUUCAAGAACUGCCAAAGACAACUGAUGAUAGAUCUCAGUCACCGCUACUUCGCCAGUUACCGGUUAUGGAUCGCCCACCAGAAACUGAGAAUCAUCAAAGUGAUGUACUGAAGAAAUACGGAUUUAAUGAUCUAUCACAAGCAACUGGUGGUUUCAACAACAACGACCUGCUUGGCGAGGGCGGUUUCGGUCAAGUCUACAAGGCAACCCUUGACGGAAAAGUCGUUGCUAUCAAGAAACUAAAAAUGUUGCCGGAGAGUGACGUCCAUAGCGGUAAACAGCCCGAAAUUGCCAAACAAUUCGAGGAGAUUGAUUUCCUUAGCAUUGUGAGUCACCAAAAUGUUGUACAACUGAUUGGGUACUGCAGUGAAGGAAUGAAUAGAUUGCUUGUUUUAGAGUAUGUUCCUAACAAGUCCUUGAGAUUUCAUUUAAAUGCAAACAAGCUUUUGGAGUGGUCAAACAGGAUGAAAAUCGCUAUAGGCUCUGCUGAAGGGUUACAAUAUCUGCAUGAUGGAUGUGGUAAAAGAAUCAUACAUCGAGAUGUAAAAGCAGAAAAUAUUCUAAUCGAUAAUGAUUUUGAACCAAAAGCAAGGACUCAAAUUGAACAAGCUUUGGGCAAUGGAGAAUAUACAAUUCUUGUUGACUCCAUAUUACAGAGUUAUGACGAAAAGAAAAUAAAAAAGAUGAUUAUGGCUCUUGUUGAUUCCAAAUUGGAGAAAAAUUAUGUUGAAGAGGAGGUGAAGAAAAUGAUAUUUUGUGCCAUAGCUUGCAUAAAUUAUAAUUCUGAGUAUCGCCCACCAAUGCAAAAGAUAAUUGGAGUUCUUAAAGGGACGAUCAUGCCUCCAGAGAAGAUAUUGGAUUGGGAAGACAACAAAUCCCUACACGGUACUACAUACAAAGUUUCAUUUCUUAUGGCAACUAUGAUUUAACUUUUAUCUAAUGUUAAUCCAUUUUCUUAAUUUUUUGAUAAAUUAUCUGGGUGUUAAUUGGUUUCAAGGGCUUUGUGGUUUUCUUCUCUAGUAUGCCGGGUUUGGAUUGGGUCUCCUGGUCUCGUGUGUUUAUGCAGUUUUCGUUUUGCUGGUUUUCUUCUGUUGAUUUUAGGUCUUGGUAGCCUCUUGAUGUUUGUUCUUUUCUUUUUGUUGUUUCUUUUUAUCAGGUUUUUUUUUCUUAGCAUUUUUCCUUCUAGGUUGGGUGAAUUAGAAAGACUUGCUGGCCAAGAGUAAUUGAGAGUUUCUUGCUAAGUU